AUGAAUUACUUCAGGCAUCUUCCAACAAAAAGCAAUGGGAAAACUUGGGCUCUAGCCAGAGAGAUCAAAGAACUAAUUCUGAAUGUGGUGAAUGAGAGAACGGAUGCUGCGUACGAGAAAGAUCUACUCCAAAUGGUUAUGGAAACUGUCAGAAACGAAGAAUUCAUUCGCAGCCAUGAAGAACUCGAUCGAUUCAUCGUCGAUAAUUGCAAAACCAUUUACUUUGCCGAGUACGAAAGUACUGCAAUUUGCGCAACUUCGUGUCUAAUGCUCUUGGCCGCCAACCCGGAGUGGCAGGAACGAGUUCGUUCCGAGGUUCUCGACGCUUGCAGCGGCCAAGUUCCCGAUGUCGAGUCCAUCGGUACCAUUAAAUUGCUAACUAUGGUGAUUAAUGAGUCGUUGAGAUUAUACCCGCCCGCGACAAUCGUGUCAAGGGAAGUGUUUAAAGACAUGAAAUUUGGAGACAAUGUGAUAACAAAAGGUGUCAAUGUGUGGGCAUUUGUGUUGACUUUACACACCAAUCCUGAGAUUUGGGGAAAUGAUUCUUAUGAAUUCAAUCCACAAAGGUUUGCUGCUGGUGUUGCCAAGGCUUGCUAG